UUUACAUCUCCUAUUUUGUCAUCUGCUUAUUUGUAAAGUGGACGUGUUGUGCAUUGGAUAAAGUGCUUACAUUACGUAAAUUAGAAGCUAUGUGCUUGCGAGUGACUAGUGAUACCCGAAGCGCAUGGAUGGAUCUCAUGUUUGUGCUGCAGUUGAUGAAACCUGAAACACGAAGAUUGACGGAAUGAAAAGGAACUGGCCGUGCUCACAAGUACCGAAUUUUGUUAUGGCCCUUAGAACCGUCAAAUCUACCAUCCAGACAGUGCACAGUUUCCAAGUGACACCGUAGGCCGGCCCUUUCUCGCCCCACCGCCUUUGUUCGCAACCAGUUCGCUCGCUGCCAUUGUUAUUCUAAUGACGUAGUAAGUCUCCCAUUGGCGAGUGAUAUCUUGGCGGGAGGCGUGGCUACAGCUAUGGUGUUAGGAGUGGGGAUGCUAGUUUGCUGUUGGCGAGCGUCUGGACACACACACGAUACAUACGCUGUAGUGGAGUCAUCCGUCAAUCAAGUGGUGAGUGUGCAGUGAGUGUGUGAGUGUGUAACAAUAGAUAAUAUUUUUGUGAGCCAGUGUGGAUUCAUUCCGUGUGAACGCGAGACAUGGCGUAGAGACCGCCGCUAGCACAGCUACAGCCUGUCUGUGUACACCUGCAAUCCCCGAACUGCGCUGUUUCCUCUAAGCCGUUUCGCCGUAGCACCGUCAUCACGGAGUUCAUAGCUGUGAGCCAAUGCAAUUCCGUUUGCAGCCUACCCCAGCAGCAGCAGGUGACAAGUCCCUCGUGCUCCGCCGCUGCUGCUGCCGCCGCCGCCGCCGCUGCUGCCGCGGCCGCCGCGGUGUUUGGAGGUGAACUGCCAGCAGUGGCCACCCCCACGCCAACCCCUAUAGCCGCAGGCACCGCAACGACCAACCCUCACAUCAUGAAUCAGCUUGGUACCGUGUACGCCACAAAGCGAAGGAGACGAAACGGCAAGAGCUUGAAGCCGCCCCCGAAGGACGGCGUCACGAAGAGCAAUCCAAGUAAGCGACACCGGGAGCGGCUGAACGCUGAACUGGACACUUUGGCCAGCCUCUUACCAUUCGAGCAGAAUAUCCUCUCCAAGCUCGAUCGCCUCUCGAUCCUGCGGCUGUCCGUCAGCUACCUCCGGACCAAAAGUUACUUUCAAGUGGUGAUGCACAAGGACAAGGAGGACGGGCUCCACCACGAAGCACAGUUCAGGAACAGAGAUCUCACGACGUACGAUCACACGCUGCUGGACGGCGAAAUGUUCCUACAGGCGCUGAACGGGUUCCUGCUUAUACUCACGUGUGAAGGGGAAGUGUUCUUCGCAACCCACAGCAUUGAGAGUUACCUCGGCUUCCAUCAGUCGGACAUCGUGCACCAGUCGGUGUACGAGCUCGUGCACUCGGAGGACCGGGAAGAGUUGCAGCGACAACUGAUGUGGAACUCGUUCCUGCCACCCGAGUCAGCCAACUUCGUGCUCCAGGAUAUUCUGCAGCCAGAGAACUGCCACCUCUUGGAGCGAAGUUUCACUGUCCGUUUCCGUUGCCUGUUGGACAACACCUCGGGGUUCCUGCGGUUGGAUAUCCGAGGGCGAAUCAAAGUUCUCCAUGGGCAGAACCGCAAGACAGAGGAACCACCACUUGCACUCUUUGCCAUCUGCACUCCUUUUGGACCACCAUCAUUGCUGGAAAUUCCCCAAAAGGAGGUGAUGUUCAAGAGUAAGCACAAACUCGAUCUCAGCCUCGUAUCCAUGGACCAAAGGGGAAAGAUGCUGCUGGGGUACUCAGAUGCCGAGCUUGCCAAUUUGGGAGGUUAUGAUCUAGUCCAUUACGAUGACCUUGCUUACGUGGCAAGUGCACAUCAAGAACUCCUGAAGACUGGUGCAUCUGGCAUGAUUGCGUACCGGUUCCAGACCAAAGAAGGCCAGUGGCAGUGGUUGCAGACAAGCUCGAGGUUGGUGUACAAGAACUCGAAGCCAGACUUCGUCAUCAGCACCCAUCGCCCACUCAUGGAGGAAGAAGGUCGUGAUCUGCUCGGGAAGCGCACCAUGGACUUCAAGGUGAGCUACCUGGACGCAGGGCUCACUAACAGUUACUUCACGGACUCCGACCAGCUAGUGGUAGGCUCAGUGCCUCACCAUACUUCACCCUCCUCUUCACAUCACGGCACCACUGGGUCUGCGGCGCCGCAGAGGGUCAACCGGCGCUACAAGACGCAGCUGCGGGACUUUCUAUCCACGUGUCGCACCAAGCGCAAGCUGACGCACCACGUAGGCGCCAGCACACCCACGGGCACCACUGUGACAAGUGGCGCGGCACUCCCCAACACCAUGGCGGCCGUGGAUUACAUCGCGGCGACCGACACGUCCAGCGCCGCAGCUGCUGCCGUGGCAGCUGCGUACUCCAACCUGAACAACAUGUACACUACGCCGUACCCCACCACUGCCGUGGCUGGAUCCCCAGCCGACACGUACAUGGGACACUCCGGCAACUUCCAUCAGAGCCUGUAUCCUGCCGCAGCGGCGCUAGACAAUCGCUUCCUGGCCGCGACGACCGAGAACCUGUUCCACCAGUACCGGCCGCUGGGCACGUACUACCCUGACUAUCAUCAUGCGGCCGCCACAACGCCCUAUGUGAGCAACGGCUUCCUAGACAUGUCACCGCGCGCCACCACGUGCAGCUUACCCACGUAUGACACGAGUCCCACGGCCUCUGGUACGCACCACCAUAUGCACCACCAGCUGACUGGCAAGACGAGUGACGCAGAGAAACUGUACUCGUGUCAGCAGCUGGUGGACACGACGCCCACCUCAAAGUACGCAACAGUGGUGGACAGCAGCCGGGGUUACGUGGUGGCCAGCGGUAAGUGCCUGGAUGUUGCGUCUCCAUACUCCGUCUCGCCGACAGGCACAGUGACCCUCCAGCCGAUAGUGAUGACGUCGUCCUCGCCCUCCAUUAUAGGUGACAUAACUCAUAACAAACUGGUAGUGACAGGUGGCAAGGUGGGUUCCAAGCACUCGCCGUCAAUGGACGGGAUGUCUUCGUCAAAUUCGGCAGGCUCGUCGCCGACAGCGACCACUACAAAUGGUCUCAUCACGCCCAAGCUGGAAGAUAUAAAGACAGAAGUAAGCUUACUGCAGUCGGGGAGUCCACCGUCGCACCACCAGAUUACAAGCCACCACCUGAACAACCAGCAGGUGGUACAGUCUGCCACAACCCAAAAUGCCAUCCUUCCUCAUCACUACUCACCCCCUGCCCCGACAAGCGACACGCCACGCCAGACAGUACUGAUGUGGGGUAGUGGUGGCACCACGACCCUCAAUCACACGGCCUCGACGGGCAGUAGCAGCAGGUCCCCACCCCCAAAUGUUAUUGUGAACUCGGUGUCCUCCAAUCCCGGCACACCUGUGGUUACCACCCUCUCGAAUGGCACUCCAACGUCUUAUGGUGUCCAUCCCCAGCCAGAUGUGAGCCCUAUCAGCAAGAAGUACAACAGUACUGGGCCAGACCCUCUCAAAUCCCUAGCGGAGAUGAACUCCAUGAGUGGUGGCGACCCAGGCACCACCUGCAAGUGGACCAAGCCAGAGCCAGUGUCUUCAGCAUCCCCCACCCACCCUGCCAGCAGCCCGGCGCUUAGCGCCAAGUCCUACCAUCACCAUCACCAGCACCACCAAGUGGUGACGUCCCAUCACCAUCACCAUCAUCAUCACCAGCACAGCGGCGGGCUGGCAUACAGUGAGACUAGUGCCGGGAGCGAGGUAUGGCCCGUACAUCACCAGUAUCACCAGUACUAUCCUUACACCACUCCGUAUCACCACCACGCACCCCACACUCCGACCAGCGACAACGGCUAUCCACAGAUAAGCCGGACGGGAGUCCUCUGUUGUCCAUCUCUGAGGUGACCAACACCCUCCUCAACCACGAGUAACAAUGGUUGGUCCAGUUGAAACCUUCUCCCGGUUGUAAGAAGGUAUAAGUGUCGUGUCGUGUCCAGUCUACCGAAUUACACAAACAUUAUUUCUGUCGCGCUAUUCUGUUCUAAAAAUCAAAAUAUCAAAUAUCCAUAUUAAUAUUAAUAUUUCGCUUUAAUAUCAUAAUUUUAUUAUAUUAUUAUAGCUAUGUAUGUAUGUGUGUGUGUGUGUAAAAUCGUCCGUACCCUUUGUUGUAUACAUAUUUGUAAAGCAUUCUCGUAAUUAAUAUAUAGGCCUACGUGUUUUCUGUGAUACAUGUCGAAUAUAAUUACUGUAUAAUAGUAUUCAUAAGUUUUAAAAAUUACUGUAAAUUGUGUACCACGGUUUUAAAACUCGCAUAAUAUAUAUACAUACCUCAUUCAUUUUUACUUUUCAGAUCUGAAAAAAAUACUCAUUAUAUGGUCUUCAAACUAAUAGUACCAUAAUUUUGAGUUUUUAAAAUAAUUUGAAGAUAUUAUUGUAUACAUUCCAGUGGGCUGUGUACAAAUGAUGGGCAAAUUGUCAGCAGAACUGUAUAUUUAUGUGCAUUUCCCAUAAUUAAAUCAAAACUUAGAAAUGGUUGUUUUGUUGGGUUAAUAUUUUCUAAAGAUAGGUCAUGUGAAACUGAAUCUGUGUAUCUGAAUGUUAUAUGCCUCUUUUCUAGUCUUGCUAGAAUGCUUGUUUCAAAAUUUAUUAUAUCAAUUUUUCUGUCUUAAAUGCAACUGUAGAAAUAAAAAUAGCUAAUUAAUGUCUUGCUUAUGGAAUUUAUGUGUUUUCUUGAUGAUCUGAUAUUAUGAUAGUUUUCAAGCCACUGUAAUGACUGUAAUUUAGGUGAAACAGAUUCGUCACCACCAAACCUCAAACAUUGCCUGACAGUAGAGCUGCAGUUUAUGGGUGUAUCAGAUCAGUAAUAAAACACAAAUGUUCAUGAACGAAAGUAACAUACUGCGACGUACAAAGGACAGGCCUCAUGAAUAUUCACUUGAUUUCUAUUAGUGAACACAUAAAGUUGGAAAACAAUUUUUAUACACUUUAAAGAGUGAAAAAUUCUUACAUCUCAAUAUCGCUUAUUUUUCACGUCCAGGAUAGCUCAUAUUGUUGUGUUCUUGCUUGUGUCAUAAUAAGCUAUAGACAUUACUCAUUUUUUAAAAGGAGUUCCAAGGUUUAUGAAUUUAAAUAUCACAAAAUGACUUAGUAGUUGACCGUUGUAAAUAUUAAAUUAUAAAAAGAUAAUGUCCAAAAGUAACUCUUUUUGACCCACUUGUGGUUAACUCCAGUAAGAGUAUGUACUAUGAAACAUUUAUAAUAAAACAAAGUUGUAUUCUUA